AUGUGUUACGUAAAAAUUUAUCUGUGCUUAGUGACAAUAAUUUUGAGUCAAAUUCUUCAUUUUUGUGAUGCCGGUUCAUGUUUUGAUAAAAUCGAUUCAAAUGGAAAGUGCAGUGGUUUGGUGGCAAAUUCUGUGAGUAAAGAGGAAUGCUGUGCUAGGUUUGGAGUUGCUUAUAGUGAUUCAUUGUCAAUGAACGAUGGACGAAUCUUUGGAAUUAUGGCUGGAAUAAGACAAGAAGAUUGUAAGCCAUGUAAAGAGUCCUGUGACAAUACAAAAUGUGGAGACGGCAAACGGUGUAUAAUGAAACGAGGUCAACCGAAAUGUGUUUGCGCGCCAAAUUGUAAAGCAACCGCGACAAUUAAUAAAACUCGUAAAGUGGGCGUCAAUGGAGGAUUUACAGCAUUUCAAUUACCUGAAAUGAAAAACGUUAAUCGACAUUAUAGUAUUGUGAGGCCGCCAAUAACUGAAACGAUGCAAAAUGAUGAUCCUACAAUCAUCAAUAUAAAUAGAAAUGCGAAGAAAUUUCAACAAAAAUUGAACCAAAGUGCGGAGGCUGCUGUUGAUUCGAAAAACAAUAAUAACACGAGUAAUGCCGCUCGAAAAAUUGAGUGGAAAUUUCGGAGUGGUUACUUCAAUGAGAACAGCAUCCAUACGGCAAAUUUUAAGGAGAUAUAUCUUGGGAAUAUUCCCAAAUUUUCUCAUUACAAUCCUGUGUGUGGAACAGACGGUAAAACCUAUAAAAAUGAAUGUCAAUUACAGAAGCGAGCAUGUCGACAAGAAAAUAAAAAAUUAGAACUUCAGCAUCAAGGAUUUUGCAAAACAGGUUCAUGUAAAUUCAUCAACUGUCUCAACGGAAAACAGUGCAUUGAGGAUCAAAACUUCCUACCACAAUGCAUCAACUGUCCAAAAUGUUCACAAAAGAAUAGGACGUUAGAUCUUAAGAAGCUUGUGUGUGGUGUCGAUGGGAUAACAUAUCGCAGCAUGUGCGAACUGAGACAAAAGUCAUGCAAAAUUGGAAAGUCCAUUCAACCUGCAUAUCGUGGCCCAUGUACAGAAUCAGUAAGCUGUAAUCAUUGUCUGAAGACGGAACGAUGCUUGCCAGAUCUUAUAACAAAUAAACCAUCAUGUGUUUAUUGCAAACGACCUAAUGGACGAUGUCCUGUUGAGACGAAGAUGCGGAAAGUUUGUGGCAACAAUAAUAUAACGUAUCGUUCAAAAUGUCACCUGAUGAGAGACUCAUGUAAUACUGGAUUUUUAAUUAGUGUAAAGCACGAAGGUCCCUGCAGAUCAUGA